AAUUCUGUAACUCGCCUAGUAUCGUCGGUGCGCCUAUCAAAGUACCACCAAGAAAUUGUCACUAACGAGUAAAAUAAAAUAUUUUCACAGUAUCGGCCGGUAUCUUGUGUCAUGCCAAUCAUUUCACGAAUAUCACAGUGAGUGGUUCAAUCAUGUGAAAAUGUGUCUUAAUGUGGAUUGAUUAAGAUCUAUAUUCAAUGGCAUCCGAUGUAUUACAAUCAGCGCUAUCGAUUUGGCUGGUCAUAUCGCUGGUGUCUGCGGGAGUGGUGAGGCGGCAGGCGGACGACCUGGACGAGCAGCCAUGCACCACGUACAUGGUGAACGGGCUGCUGCAUCUGGACUGCUCCAACCGAGGGCUGAAGGACUUGCCUGAUGAACUGGAUUACGAUGCUGAAGUACUACUGUUAUCGAAUAACAAUUUCCGGUCCUUCCCGUCGCAGCUGGAGAACUUCACUAACGUCAAAGCUUUGGACCUGUCAGGCAACCAUUUAAAUAUACCCAUCCCCGAUUACUUAGAAAAAUGGACGAACUUGACCACACUCAACUUAUCCAACAACCUUUACGACACGUGGAUAAUCAACGCUCAGAAGUAUGCUGUCAAGAUCUUAGACCUAUCCAAAAACAAAAUUAGCAUCAUAGAUGACAGAGCAUUCACGACGAUGCCACAAUUACAUUACCUAGACUUAUCAGAGAAUAGAAUUUACGACUUGCCGGCCGAAGUAUUCGCUGAAGCGCACCACUUGGACACUCUCAUUUUAUCCAGAAAUUACUUUUCCGACGUGCCCGCCUUCCAAUCUCCUUCUUUGCGGAGUUUACAGUUAUGCAGCUGUCAAGUCGCAAAUAUAAACGUCGACUCUCUUGCCGGGAUGGGCUCGCUCUUAGAAAUCGACCUGUCUAUGAAUCAGCUCGAAUCGCUCCCGGACAACCUAGCCUCAUACACCCUUCAAGAGUUAAAUCUAAGUUACAAUUCGAUAAAUACACUGACUGAUGGUACCUUCUCAUCGCUACCGCAUUUAGCGGUACUAGAUUUGAGAGGCAACGAAUUUAGAGAUGUAUGGUCGACCUCACACUUCGCUUCGAAUCCAUUUUUAAGGGAAGUACACGUGAAAGGGAACCGUUGGAGCUGCGAGGGGUUCAGCGUUAAUCUCUUGCUUACAUAUGAGUUUCUCACUAAAGAACCGCCUAAGGUCUUCGAUAUCAAGUCGUUGAUCUGCUAUACUCCGUCGAAUGUGACGCAGAUGAGUUGGCAGCAAGCGUACAUCAAGACAUGGCACCCAAUGGAGUCGAACACGCCGUCGUUUACUACGAUGGCAGUAUUGGUGGGGAUUAUAAUAGGUGUGGUGAUAACAUCGUGCGUGUGCCGCGGUCUGAUGGCUGUGAGUAGCCCGACGCCGAUCAGGCAGCAACCGGAGACCACAGUGCUGAAUCUCAAUGGCGGAGUGCCUCAGUCGAGGGUCGAGUCUGUUGUAUUGAGAGUGCCCUUACGUGAGGACCUUCCGCCAAGUUACGAUGAAGCGUUGCUGAUGCCCCGCUUGAACUCUUCCUUCCAUUCUUUGCCGGACUUUGUGGAUGAAGAGGAGGAACCCAGGAACUAUCGCCGAUCCAGGUCUAUCGGGGAUUUGACAGAAAGUAGGCCGAGAAUGGGAGACAGACGGUCGUUGAGACGGCCGGUAGAAAUACACACUAGAAUUACUAUUGACGAAUGAGUGAUGUAAGGUUGAGUGAAAGCUAUGAAUAUUUAUUGAAAUUGUCAUAUAUUAUAAGACUCGGUAAAAUAAAUUAUAUGUAUGUAUAUUAUA